UGCACAACAAUAUUAUGAUUGAAACCACCCAACUAUAUAUUUUUCUUCACAAUUCUUUUUCCUAGAGAAGAGAAGAAAAUUAAUGGCUUUCCAAAAAGAGUACCUUGAUUUGUUCUUGGUCCCAAAUGGCCUAAUUAUUAUGUUUGGCUAUCAUCUCUACUUGCUCUACAAAUACUUCUAUGUUCCCCAUGCUACUGUUAUGGGCUUUGAAAAUAAUGACAAAAGAGCUUGGGUUGAAAAAAUUAUGCUGGAUGAUAAAAAGAAUAUUGAUACAGCUCUAACAGUUUUAGGAUCCAGCCUCAAUGGAGCAACAUUCUUGGCAUCAGUUUCACUAAGUCUAAGUUUCCUCAUUGGAGCAUGGAUGGCAAAUAAUAGUGUUUUUAGCAGUGAAUUAAUAUAUGGUGACACAAGGCUAGAAACCAUGUCUAUUAAGUUCAUAAGCCUUCUACUCUGCUUCUUGCUCGCCUUUGCAUGCUUUGUUCAAUCGUCGAGAUGCUUUAUUCAUGCAAAUUACCUAAUUAGCACGCCCGAUACUGAUAUUCCAAUAAGCUACGUUGAAUUAGCAGUGAUUAGGGGAGGUGAUUUUUGGUCAUUAGGACUUAGAGCACUUUAUUUUGCUACACCUUUGUUGCUAUGGUUUUUUGGUCCAAUUCCUAUGUUUGCUACUUCAAUAGGGAUGGUUUUCCUCCUACAUUACCUUGACAAAAACACGAAGCAAUUGCAUUGUUAUCGAUCUUCUGCAAAAGGAAAACAACCAUACAAGAGACUCGAGGAAACAACGAGCAGCUAGGGGAGCUAUGGAGCAUUUCGUCAUGUGAAAUUUGGUCUAGUGUUUGCUGAGGAUGUAUCGGAAACAGCCUCUCUGCCUGUUCAGGGUAGAGGUAUGACUGCAUACAUUCUACCCUCCCCAGACCCCACUCGUAAGAAUACACUAGGUUGUUGUUGAAAUUUGGUCUAGUGUGAGAUGUGCGCCUACAGCUCGUCAAGAUCUUGAUCAUAUCAUAGACUGAACUAUUUAUUUAAGAUUGUACAUAUAUGAGUUUCAUUCUAUGUUUUUAUGAAGUAACGUAAAUAAUUGUUUGUACCUAAAGCAGAUUUUCUAACAUAUACUUGCAAGAC